AUGUCUACAACGGUUGAAAAGAUCAAAGCCAUCGAAGAAGAGAUGGCUCGUACCCAAAAGAACAAGGCCACUUCGUUCCAUUUGGGUCAGUUGAAAGCCAAGCUUGCGAAGCUUAGAAGAGAGAUUUUGCAGGCGGCCUCCAGUGGUAGUGGUGGUGGUGCAGGUGUUGGUUUUGAUGUUGCUAGAACAGGUGUAGCGUCGGUUGGGUUCGUUGGUUUCCCAUCUGUUGGUAAGAGUACGCUUUUGUCGAAGCUAACGGGUACUGAGUCUGAGGCAGCAGAAUACGAGUUUACGACAUUGGUUACGGUUCCUGGUGUUAUCAGAUAUAAGGGUGCGAAGAUCCAGAUGUUGGAUUUGCCUGGUAUCAUUGAUGGUGCCAAGGAUGGUCGUGGUCGUGGUAAGCAAGUUAUUGCUGUUGCGAGAACAUGUAAUCUUUUGUUCAUUGUGCUUGACGUGAAUAAGCCAUUGCACCACAAACAAAUUAUUGAGAAGGAAUUGGAGGGUGUUGGUAUCCGUUUGAACAAGCAACCUCCAGACAUUCUAAUAAAGAAGAAAGAGAAGGGUGGUAUCUCCAUUACGAAUACAGUUCCAUUGACACAUUUGGGCCAUGACGAAAUCAGGGCUGUGAUGAGUGAAUAUAGAAUUAACAGUGCUGAGAUUGCUUUCAGAUGCGAUGCCACUGUUGAUGACUUGAUCGAUGUGCUAGAAGCUUCGUCAAGAAGAUACAUGCCAGCCAUCUACGUGCUUAAUAAGAUCGAUUCUUUGUCGUUGGAGGAGCUAGAGUUAUUAUACAGAAUUCCAAACGCGGUGCCUAUCUCUUCUGGUAAGGAGUGGAACUUGGACGAACUACUAGAAGUGAUGUGGGAUAGACUAAACUUGGUGCGUGUGUACACCAAGCCAAAGGGUACCAUGCCGGAUUUCACCGACCCUGUGGUGCUAAGGUCGGACAGAUGUACCGUUAGGGAUUUCUGUAACCAAAUUCACAAGUCUUUGGUGGAUGACUUCAGAAAUGCAUUGGUUUACGGUAGCAGUGUGAAGCAUCAACCUCAAUAUGUGGGUCUAAGCCAUACCCUAGAGGACGAAGAUGUGGUUACUAUUCUAAAGAAAUGA